CUGAAAGACUCCUGGCUUGCAGAAACUGAUCCCAAAUCCCAAGUGAGGUAGAGGCAUUGUCAGAGGCUUCUAGUGCAAAUGAGCUACCUUCAGGAGGCAGAUGAUCGAUGGGCUGGAGGAGAAGCUGGCACGCUGCAGACAGAGCAUGGAAGAGGUGGAUCUUAAGCUGCGCAGGGAGAAGCUCAGCCCUGAAGGAAGAAAGUCACUGGAGAGAGAGAGAAACUUACUAAUGACCAAAGCUGACAACUAUGAGAAAGAACUGAGUGCGCUUCGCAAGGAAAAUCGCAAGAAUGCUGCCCUUGCUGUGGCCAUGGCGUUGCUGAUUGCUCUUAUUUACGCCUGCUGGACGAUGUGAUUGCAGUCAAGAAUUCUCCCUGCUGACCAAAUGACUCUCCUGCAAGGAGUGCUUCCUCCUCUCACCACUGUGCCUCCAAGAGUGAGGAUCAGCAUUUCAAAAUGUUGUUCUUGUUUACUGUCUCCAAGCCUCAUUGUAGGGAAGAUUUUUCUCUGCAAAUUGAGGGGGACAGGAGACAAACCAGAAAUCACAGCACACUUGCACGUGAAAAUCAGGUCAAACAGAGCUCAAGGUGGUGCCAUCUUACCCAAAACACAGUCAAGAUCACCCAGCCUGAUGCAGGAAGACAGUUUGUUCUCCCUUUUGAAGAGGACCCCUGUGGUUGCAGACAUGCCACUUUCUUGGCUCCUGUGACUCAGCCAUAAGAUGAAGGGACACCAACCUCAAUUCCUCAAUUAAUCUUGAGGAAUUGCGACCUUAAGAUUUUAUGUGUUUCUGCUGCAGAGCUGCACUAAAGAUGUUUCCUCCUCCACCCUGACUUACAGGACCAAAGGAAUCCUACCUCCACAAAACCAUAGGUACAUAGGUAUCUCUUUUUUCUGCAAGCAAGUAGCAUACAACUUCAGAUCUGGGUGCUUGGGCUUUGAGAAGAUCUGCCUGCCUCUCCAAUGCAUCAGAGCUUGGUAGCCAUUUUGUGCCUUUGAGAAUCAGCACUUGCAGAAGAGAAUUUACUAGCAACUGCCAGAAAUGGAAGUGCUUAUGUAGGGUUUUAAAUAAAAUAAUCCGACCU